AUGGCGUUGAAGGGCCCAGAUAGCUUCAUGUUUACGGUUGGAAAGCUUGAUGCUGGCAUGGCUAUUCUUCUCGGAGAACGCGCCCACCUCAUCGAGUUUCCGUCAUUAUUGCUUCCUCCUGGGGCAACAACAGGCUCUAUUGUCAAUAUAUCCGUUACGCAGAAUGUGGAGGAAGAGCGGAAACGGGACGAUGAGUUUUGGGACUUGCAGAGUGAUAUACUGGAGACGUUCGGAAGGGACCUUCCUCAACCGCCAGAAAUCAAUCUGAGGAACGUUACCCAAACCUCUAUUACACUUGAAUGGCCGCCACUUCAACUCGCCACUGCCUCCCUCCGGUCCCUCGACAUCUAUAAAAACGGCCAACGUCUCGCUCCGAUACCCUCACCUCUCCAAAAUACCUCCACCAAACUCUCCGGUCUCGACAUCAACACUGAGUAUACUUUCCGUCUCGUCUUGCGUACUUCUGCAGGGACCUUCCACUCCAACCUCAUUCGCGUCAAGACGCACACCAUGACCGACACCUCGGGCAUUUCGGUAUGCUUUGGGAACGUACAGGACUCGGUGUUGUUAGAGAACGCCAAGAUGGCUCUGCAGGAGAUGAGGGCGAAGUGGAGCGACAAGAUUCAGAUUGAUACGACGCAUUUCGUGUGCACGACGCCGGCAGCGACUCCUUCUGGAGCACAGGCGUCAGGGAGCGUGAGCACUGCGCCGGGUGUGGAAUAUCAGAGGGCGUUGCAGUUAAGUAUACCAGUGGUGCAGCCACAAUGGAUCCUGGCUUGUCAUGCUGAGAGGAAGAUGAUACCUAUCUCUGGAUACUACCUAGGAACUACUCCUUCGGCGCAGUUCAACCCUGCACCAUUUACACGACCACAGUCCAUGUCACAAGCCUCCCUACCCAACAGCGCUCAAUCGAACCGUAGUGCCAACCGCGCCUCCAUGCCCGCCCCUUCACGCGCAGUUUCCUCUCCUCCGGCCCAACCACUUGCCAAAUCACCAUCGCGUAACACCUUCGAACCAACGCCCGAAGAGGCUCAAGAAGCCACAUAUCGCGAAGGCGAACAAGAGGUUCCUGUCAUGAAGUCACCAAAGUCCGGUAAACCUCCGAGAGCGAGACAUGGGACCAUGGAUAGGGAGUUCAAGUUUCCGCCACCGUCGCCGACGACUGCGCCCCCUGUACCGCAGAUCACGCCGGAGCAUAUGAAAAUGGCCCAGGAGGCGAGAGAAGCGGAAGAGGCUAGAGAUGGAGAGGAAGAUGAGAGUAUGUCGAAGAGUGAGGAUGAUACGGAGGAGGCUGGGUUGGAGGCUGUGGGCGUUGUGGCGCCGUCGAGUGUAGAGGUGCCACCACCCCCGCAGCUUGAGAGGGGGAACAGUAUGGGGAGUACGGCUGAGGAUGGGGACGAGGACGUCGGUGAGACGGAGGAGAUAUCGUUGAAUUAGGUGCCGUCCAGGGGGAUCUCAAAGACAGUCUUAUAUUGUUAUCUUUCCUUGUUUUGCUUCAGUGUCUUCGUCGUUUCUCAUCUCUCAUCUCUCCUGGUACGGAAUACCAUUUACCCUCAGUUAUCACUUGAUACUUCCUAACGUCUUUGGUUUUGAUCCGCUGUUCCUGAGUAUAUCCGAAUGUCCGAGUGGA